CUUGUCUCCGACAAGUUGUCUGUCAAAAGUGUCUCAUGACCCAACAACAGUUCCAAAACUGUGAAAAAAUGGGCGAAAAAGCACACCACCCCCAAGAGAACGGCGUCCCGCGCCCCCCCGGAGCCAGCUCCGACGACGACAUGCCUUCCGACCCCGAGGAGGCCGCAGACGACGACUUGGACGACAUCUCCCCAGAAGAAUUCCAGAUGCUCGACAGUCAACUGGACGCCCUAAACUCGGCGCUAGAUGACAUCGAGCAAAAAAAUGACGACAUUCACGCGCAACUUCUAGUAUUGUUGCAAUCGAACCGGGAGAUUCGAAAGCAGAUGCAGGAGUCGAACUCGACUCCCGAGGAGAGCAGCAGUCAAAAGCAAUAAGUAUUUGCACAUUCCGGAGUAUUAGGCGGGGUCGUGAACCAAGUAGGGGUUUUUGUUAAGUGUAAUGAUGUAUAUUAUUAUUGUUUUGAAUAAAAUAUCAGUUAGUUAUGA